UCAAUGGUGGCUAUAUACAGGAAACGGAUGUUACUCGGUGAAAUAAAACCAAAGUUCUUUUAAUGCAGUGUCUGUUGUUUUACCGUAUUGCCCUGGUUUUAAAAUUUGUGUUUAUACCAGGCUGCACUGUGUUGUUAUUAUACUUGUUUUUGUUUUUACCUGUAGCGUGUUUAAAAAAACUAUAUGAAUGUAUAAAGACUUUGUUAUAUAUUAUUCUAAAUUCUCAUUGUUGCAGAUGCUACAUUGGGAUAUUACUAGGUGAACUACAAUAUGUGGUUUAUUGGAUUAUAAUAUAUUGUGGUUGUAUUAUAACUUGGGAAUAUGAUGUCGCCACAGAAAGAUAAUUUACAUCAAUUAACUUUCUUUGAUCCCCUGAAAGAUGGCGGGUCAAAACAAGCGAGUGUUUUGCAAAGCGUGGUCGAUUUCUUCUCCCUGAAGAAAGACGCACACAGAAGUACGACGGCAAGUAAUGUGAAUUUAAACGAAAGCGUUCCCCAGUUGUCUCCAAGUAUUGAAGUUGAUCAUGAUGAUGGUUCCCGCAUUGAGAAGUCGCACACCUUCACGAACCCCUCGCUACAAUUACGUCGACCUUCUACACUUGGUGUGGAGACGACAUAUAAGAACAAGGAAGCCACCCAUGGCAGUGAAGUCGAAUUAUUGACGUUCAAGAAUAUUUUCAAAGAUUUUCCGAAACGUAUUGUUCCAAAAUAUCAUUCGCCUGUUAAGGUGAUGGAAUACAGAGGACAGAGCGACAACUCAAGUGAAGACUUGAAACAAUAUUGGAUGCCAGACAAACAUUGCCAUGAAUGUUAUGAAUGUGGGGAUAGAUUCACCACGUUUAGAAGACGCCACCAUUGCAGGAUAUGUGGACAUAUAUUCUGUAGCAGAUGUUGCUACCAGUUUAUACCAAGAGAAGUCAUCGCACAAGCAGGAGUUGGCAUGUUACGUUCAUGCACGUAUUGUUAUUCUUUAUUGACGUCAUACACCAAACCUACUGUAACAAACACUACAGCAAAGAAUCUACAAAUACUGAACGAAUACGAUGGACUGAUUGACGUAAAGGCCUCGCAUGAAUCAAAUACUUCACUUAAUCUACAACUGGAUCCAUUCAAUACAAGUUUCUCGCGACAUCCCAAAGGUCGGUCACGGUCGUUGGUUUCGGGUCGUGGUUCGCCGAUCGAGGACGGGGUGAUGUCACCCAUGCAAACGGAAGCUACGAGGAAAUCCCCAUACAAUGUAUUUGACGUAACCCCUGGCUUGCAACCCCCUUUCAACAACCAACAUGAACAAGUUACGUUCGCCAAAGGUUCGGUUCAACUGCAUGAGUUGUGGGCCAAGAUAAGCGAUGAUAAAGAUGGGUUGGAGUUCAGGGAUCAUAGAUACAGGUUACGAAAGUUCACGCAGAGCGUAACGGGCACGGAGCUCGUUGAUUGGUUGAUCACACGUGGUAUAACGGAGACCCGACCACAAGGGUGCGCCAUCGCACAAGCAUUGCUCGACGCUGAGUGGAUUAAGAGCGUCGUUGAUGAUCGGGUUUUCCAUGAUGAAUAUUGUUUGUAUCAACAUGGAUCAAACGCAACACGAGCUGACUCAUAUUACAAAUCAACCGGUCUGGUUCUACAAAGUACUCCCAUUAAACAGUCGAGACGACCAUCUCGCCAAUCCCGGGUACUAUCGCAUGAAUAUGGGACCACACUGGACAACGAACCAAAUUGGGUCAAAGAAAUAUCAAACGAGGAAGAGAAAGAUUCGGAUGAUGGACUCCAUUUCUGGUCCCCAGUACAACCCUUCUACAAACUACUGGACAGCGGACAAGAUUAUUUAUUAUCGAGCGAUUCUUCGUCCGCUCAAUCUGGUGGCUCGCUGUCAAGUUAUGUGGAGAUCGACAACGAACAUAAGAUCAUUAAAUAUAAAAGACCCAGGCGAUUAUCGGAUAGUUCCCCCCCACCUUUGGAGUCCGGGUUAAAACAACCAAAGUUUGUGGAUGAGAAUGUAACUUCGAUCAGUGCCGAUUAUAUCAGAAGUUUCCUUGCAUGGCACGGGACGUAUUUAAACAACUCAUGGUUCGUAUCAAGUGUUGGAUGGAGGGAGAAGGAAGUCCAAACAUCUCAUCUACCUUCGCAUGUCAAACAUGCUUUCUACAGGUUAAAGAAAUUAUAUUUCCGACAUUCCAUGAAGUUCCUGCACCAGUUGUUUGUGAGGGAGAAGCUCCAUACAUCAUGGUCGGAUGUUGUUGUUCCGUUAGCCAAGCAAAUAUGUGAUACUGUUACACCUAACGCUGAAGUUAACAUGGAGAUAUGUCACUAUGUGCAUGUUAAGAAGUUACUCGACAAUGAACCCCAGGACUCCCGGUUAUUAUGGGGUGUCGUAUUCUCGCAUAAUGUUGUUCAUAAUAAGAUGAUGAAUCGAAUAGACAACCCAACGAUCAUGUUGCUUGCCACCCCACUUGAAUAUCAACGCGUUCAAUAUAAACUGUCAUCUCUUGACCCUAUCGUCCAACAGGAGCCAGAGUUCCUCAAACAUCUCAUUUCUAGAAUUGUGUCGCGGAAACCCGACAUUGUGAUGUCACAAUGCUCAGUGUCGCAUGAAGGGAGGAGGUUGUUGCUUGACGCUGGCAUCACCUUGAUCAUCAAUGUCAAGCAGCCGGUAAUGGAGCGAUUAUCGCGUUGCACGAACGCCGACGUAGCUUACUCCAUCGAUCAAUUAAAGACCGUACGCUUGGGUAGUUGCGGUCGGUUUCGUGCCAGCCAACAUUACAAUGGACGUAGAAAGGUGGUUUGUAGUGAUGGGGUGAUGGAGGACGGUGAAUCAUCCACGAACGCAUACAAAACCCUCAUCUAUGUUGAUGGUUGCGACCCCACCAAAGGUUGCUCCGUUAUAUUAAGGGACCUUCCUCACUAUCUACGAAGACAGGACACGGAUCAUGUGAUACAAGAUCGAUUAUCGAGGGUGAAGAGGGUUUUGCUCUUCCUAAUAAGGAUCAUGUAUCAUGGGAAGUUGGAGAUCUCGUACUUACUCGAUCAACAAGACGUGGCAUCUUCCUUCCCUUCAUCUAGGAAGAAAAAAAGAUGUCGAAGAUCCAAACCCACGGUGGCGCCACCUCCAAUCAAGGGGUUUUCAAGCGAAACCUCUGAAUCAGAAGUCCAUUCAGCUGAGGAGUCGGUCGUGGCAUCGGGCGGCUUCGUGUCCAGUGUGUCCGACGACAACACCAUCACCCCUGACUUCCUGUCAGCUAACGAUCGAACCCCCGAUAGUUGCCCCGACAGCCCCCUGUUCAACGCAGCACACAAGGGGGCGACGUUCACCCUUCCCAAUGUUGACAAACCCAACAUAGAAGUUUCAACGGAGUUGGAGCAAAGUAAACAUGGGAAGGUUUUGGAGGAAAAAUCAAAAGUUUUUCAAGAUUUCUUGAAAACCUCGUUGCUAAGCACCUCCCCUCUCAUCCAACCAGUGGUCCCGUUCCUCCUCACCAACAAAGGACCGUCUUCACCACUGAGGAAAUAUUUACCCGAGCGAUUGUUUUGGUCCGAUUCCUUUUGUUCGAACCCAGAGUCAGUGAAACAUGAAUGGGUUGGGAAGAUACGGCAUCGUACGCAAAGCAACGAUCGAAUUUACACCGAUGUUGAAAAUGAAACCGUGUCGUUACGCAGCAGAUCCGGCACAAGCGAUACCUUUGCUCCAGAGAACAUGUGGAGGACGCCACUCCAUCAAAGAUCAUCUGAAGAUCAUAUUUCUAAUUAUAAUGAGAUGAUUCUUAGUGUAGAGGUAGAAGCGGGGAGCUCUGUUAAGCAAUGGCAGGGAGUAAAACACGACAGAAUGACCAGCCAUGUUCGAAUGCCAUCGCAAGUUUCAACAAGAGGUUUGUUCUCCAAAGAUGAUCUCAUGGAAUGGGAGAGAAUGAUCAUGAGUGACAUCCUCCAACCAUCUUCCCCAACUCAACAUCCAGUGAUCUUGGGAGCAACAUCCGGACCUUCAACAUCCGGACCUUCAACAUUCGGACACGCAACAUCCGAACACGCAACAUCCGGACGCGCAACAUCCGGACGCGCAACAUCCAAACACGCAACAUCCGGACACGCAACAUCUGGACACGCAACAUCCGGACACGCAACAUCCGAACACGCAACAUCCGGACACGCAACAUCCGAACACGCAACAUCAGGACACGCAACAUCUGGACACAAAGAGGAGAUGACUUGGAAGAGGAACAAACACAUCUUCCUCACUUCAUCUUUAUCGAAACCCGCAUCUUCAACUCAGAUGAAAGAUCUUCUCGCAAGUUUUAGAGCUCGAGGAUCAAACCUCACCCCCGCUACUCGUACCACCCCAUCAUCAUGGGGUCACCCUCUCCUCCCCCCACCCCCAUCACCCCCCACCCCACCAGAAGACCUCACAGAACCCACCCUACCCCCACUUGAUUGUCUCGAACCGCACAACCACCAACAUAUAUUUGUCCUAUUCAGCAGUUACAGCCUGCAAUCCCCGAACGCCCCAUACCCGUGCGUUAUCCCGUGGGCUGUCGACAUCGAUUAUUACCACGGUAAUGACAUCACAAUAGGGGGGUUUCUAGAACGUUAUUGUUUCCGCCCCAGCUACCAUUGUCCCUCACCCACGUGCAAACGGCCGAUGGUAGAACAUGUUAGAAGUUUUGUCCAUGGAAACACUGCAAUGAACAUUGUGUUGAAGGAAUUAUCGAAACCAAUCCCCGUCCCCCAUAUCUUAUCAUGGUGCUGGGAUCCUACAACCAAAACAUCAACAGACAUUCGUCCGUUAUCCGAGGAUGGUUGGUCGAUGUCGUUCGCCAAGUUCCUCGAACUACGACUCCAAACUCAUCCAACCGUGAAGCAAGAUGGGGAAGUCCCAGCGUUCGGGGCUUUCCAAUAUUUCUUGUUCAAAGAUAUUGUAGCUGCAUUUAAAUGUUACCAUGUACAAGUACAUGACGUAGCACUUCCAUCAUCCAAGAUGGCGUUCAAUGAAUCAACCACAUGGUUGGUCAGUGGUGGAAUUAAAGUUGAUUCAUUCUAUGAAACUUGUGUUCUUAAAAUGAAUGAAUUAUCCAAGGUCGGCUACGAAGCGAUGGAUUCGAUCCAAGAUAUGAUCCUUGAUGCGAAGUCGAGCAACCCGUACGACCUUCUGGAUGUUGGUGACGUUGGAUUUGAUGUUGGGACUCUUCAACAAACCAGAGGAAACCAUUUUGAUGAGUUGUUGUCGAUGUAUCAAGAUGAAAGGUGCCAUCUUAGAGACACGGCCGAUAACAUUCAUCUUACGCUGCUUUCUAUAAAGAAAAGUCACUUGAGAGAAGGCAAUGAAGGGGAUUCCCCACUGCAUCUCAAUCAUCCAACAAUGAGCACAGAGGAGAGUGUGAUAGUUAUGCGACCAUGUGAAAAGGAAAACUUAUCCAGCAGUUUGUUAAAGUUGGCUUGCUUGGUUGACAAGUUAGUUCUUACUUGGAAUAAUAGGAUCAGUAAAGUGUUUCAACAGGAUAAAAACUCCCGUCGUGGCAGCAAGUCCGUCCCAUCUUACCCCAACCCACCCCUACCCCUCGAUGCAGUGUUGACCAGUGAAAACUUGAAACCAAAGCGAUCACCAGUGUUGCCUUCGUUGUUUGAAACAACUGAAGCGGAACCAGAGGUUGACGUGGUGACUUCGAAACACGAAGCAAGGAGAAAAGUUAAUUACACCAAACCUGUGCAACUGAUGCAUGAAGAUUCUGCUGACAGCAUUGGUUCCAGUUAUGAUGACUCAGCAUUAUUCUCAGAGAAAUCUCCGCUUACAAGUUCGCAGUCGGUGCCACGAGGUGUGGAGUCGGUGCCACGGGGUGUGGAGUCGGUGCCACGGGGUGUGGAGUCGGCACCGAAAAGUGUGGAGCGACAAUCAUCAGUGAAAAGAUUCUCAAAGACGGCCUCAUCGAUAAGCAUGCGAUCCAUCCUCACCCACCUACGAACCACAACCCCAAUAAACAUGGUGGAACCCCCUUUCCCACCAGACGAACAUUACUUGCUGCCCGACACCCUCAACCUGGGACAUGUGGUUCGAGACACUGAGCCAAGCUCAAUCAUCGCUUAUAGUUUGGCAACAUCACUCUAUCAAAAGUAUGUUUCGCCUAAUGGACAAGUGAUGCCCAAUCCAGUGAUGCCAGAUCCAGUGUUGCCAGAUCCAGUGAUGCCAGAUUCAGUGAUGCCAGAUUCAGUGAUGCCAGAUUCAGUGAUGCCAGAUCCAGUGAUGCCAGAUCCAGUGAUGCCAGAUCCAGUGAUGCCGUCUCCAGUGUUGCCAGAUGCAGCGUUGCCAGAUCCAGUGAUGCCAGAUCCAGCGAUGCCAGAUUCAGUGAUGCCAAAUCUAGUGAUGCCAGAUCCAGUGAUGCCAGAUCGUGUUAUGCCAAAUCCAGUGUUGCCAGCUCCAGUGAUGCCAAAUCAAAACAGUCCAAAAGAAGUUUUGAUGUUUGGCAAUCCCGAUCUAGAGCCGUCUUCACCCAACCAAUCCACUGUCACAUCCACCACUGCAUCACCCAUCCACAUAGCCAAUAUAUCACCCACCCAAGCACCCACCCAACCGCCACACAACCCACCAGAACACCUGGAGAUUCAGUUCAGUGAUUCAACCACCAAGUUUUAUUGCAAAAUAUAUUUUGCUUCAAAGUUUAAGGAUCUUCGUGAAAAGUUUCUUGACAUCCCUGAGUCAACUUACAUCACCUCGUUAUCUCGAUGUGUAAGAUGGGACGCACGUGGGGGCAAGUCGGGACUAUCCUUCCAUAAAACCCUCGAUGAUCGGUUGGUGUUGAAACAAAUGUCCAAGUUCGAACUUCAAUCGUUCCUCGAUGUCGCGCCAAGUUACCUCGACCAUGUGUCCGAUGCCAUCAGGGAAAAUACACCGACUGCAUUAUCCAAGAUUCUUGGCGUGUAUCGAGUUUCGUUUCGUAACAUGACGACAAACAGAUCGUUCAAACAAGAUCUGCUCAUCAUGGAAAACUUAUUUUAUAAAAGAAACAUUCAACAGGUAUUUGACCUGAAAGGUUCGGUUCGUAACCGGCACGUCAAAACUGGCAACGACCCAGGAGUUUCCACGAGCGGGGGAACCACGGCAACCAACAAUCCAAUGGGAGGCGACAACUCGUUUACGAAUCAAAACGAUUUGGUUUUAUUGGACGAGAAUCUACUUAGUAUAAUGAAAGAUCACCCGUUGUACGUUCAUCAACAUACUAAGGUGAUAAUAAAGAAAGCUUUACACCACGAUUCAUCUUUUCUUGCUCGACAUCUGAUCAUCGAUUACUCGUUGUUGGUCGGUAUCGACGAUGAGAAGAAGGAAAUUGUUGUCGGGAUAAUAGAUUACAUGCGAACGUUCACCUGGGACAAGAAGUUGGAGAUGGUCGUGAAGUCGUACGGGAUGAUCGGGAGACAGGGCACGAGGUCGAUGCCAACCGUGGUGUCGCCCGAGUUGUAUAAAACAAGGUUCUGUGACGCGAUGGAACGAUAUUUUCAAGUUGUGCCCGAUCGCUGGUAUGGGCUGCAAGCGUAUGAAGUCAAGUAAAACAUUGGGUUGGUUUUAUGAUAAUUUCAGGUUUGACGCCUAUGCGUGAAUACGUGUGUGUUAUGGCCAGGGAGUUAAAUCGAUGUUAAAAUAUUUUGUGCAGGAGAAUUUCGUCCAUAGGCCUUUAUUAUUAGAUUAUAAACUGACAUUUAUUUAAAGUAACAUUGUGUUGUUGUAUCUUCAUGUAUAAGCUAAUGUGCAAUCAAAUGUUUAGCUCUGGUUUGGUGCUGCUAUUUAUUAUCUAAGUAGAAACAUUGAGGAAUAUUUAUACAAGCCAUGGUUGCCUUAUGUUUAACAGGUAAUAUUCAUGUUGUUGCUAAGUGUAAGUGUUGCUGUUAAGAGAUGUUUUAUAUUCUAGUUUAAUUAUUGUGC